ACGGCGGGCGGGGCGGCGGUUGGUUGUUGCCGGGAGACGGCUGGCGGGAGCGGCGCGGGCACCGGGGCGGCGGGAACGGGGAGACAGCGGCCCGGAGCCGCUGCCAUGACCCAGCAGGGGGCUGCGCUGCAGACAUACAACAACGAACUGGUCAAAUCAUAAUCACAGUCAUUACUGGUUGAUGAGAGGAUGAGGCCCCAGUUCCUGACCUGGGAUGUGAAAGGCACUCUGCUCCGAGUAUGCCAUUCAGUUGGUGAGCUGUACUCCUCGGAAGCCAAGCUCCACGGAAUCCAGCUGGAGGCCAAAGCUCUUGACAGAGCAUUCCAAGCCGCCUUGCAAAUGCAAGAGAAGUUCCUCCCCAACUAUGGCCGAGGCCGGGGUCUGAGCUCCCACCAGUGGUGGAUAGAUGUGGUCAAAAAGACCUUCUGUCUCUGUGGAGUGAGCGAUGAGCGUGUACUGUCCCCUCUGGCAAUGAACCUUUAUCGACAGUUCUGCAGUGCUGGCAACUGGCAGGUGUUUGGUGAUGUGAAGGACACCCUGAUUCAUUGUAGGAAUCUGGGCAUCAGCAUGGCAGUGAUUUCCAACUUUGAUUGCCGCCUGGAGCAGAUUUUAGCCAAUUGUAACCUGCGGCAGUAUUUCAAGUUUGUGUUGACGUCAGAAGAUGUUGGAGCCGCCAAGCCAGAUCAACGAAUCUUCAAUGCAGCUCUGAGCCUUGCCCAAGUGGAGCCCAACCAGGCCGUGCACAUUGGAGAUGAUGUGUGGAUGGAUUAUCUGGCAGCCAGGGCCAUCGGAAUGGAGAGCUACCUAAUCUGCAGAGGACAAGAGGAACCCUCUGGUGCAAAGGGGCUGGUGCCCAAGGCCCACAUCCUCCACUCCCUGCAGCAGUUGUGUGUUCUUAUCAAAUGAAUGCCUAACUGUGUGCAUGUCCAAACUUGGUACCUUUACUGUGACCAUCAGCUGAUCAAUCCUUGAUGUUCAGAAUUGUGACAGUUAUUGAAAGAUUCAGGUAGGAUUUCCUAACUGAGGGAAUUAGCAGUGUGAGCUUGUGCAAACUGGAGUAAUGUGCAGACGGACGUGUCUGCAGCCCCAGUAGAUGUUCUCUGUCUAAGCAAAUAGCGGAGGAAGUAUGCAAAUUUCCAGCAAUGUGUUAUCAGUUGAUGACAUUUAUCAACAAGAGUCCAGCGGUUAACGUUCUGCUGUGGUAGAUUCUGCACUUCUGAAAAUGGUUCUUUCUUUAAUCAGUUGCUCAUGUUCUAUGUGAAAGUAUGUUAUUAUUCACAUUGCACUUCAGAUCAGUGUCUGUACAAUCUAACUCUGUGGGAUGACGCAGAGAGAAUGUGAGAUAACAGAUUUUGCCUGGAAACAAUUAGUAACUUGUAGUGUGCAAACCCAUGCUGAAGAGGAUGGAAUGGAAGAGUGGUAGGACAAUAAAUGUGUGAAUAAAAUGCCUUCUGAAAAAUGCCUGUGUUCCACCUUAACAAAAUGCACUGAGUUACUGUGGACUUCAUAAGGCUCUUAAUGUGUAACACAAAUGUCAAAUUGUUGGGGAAUUGACCAGCUAACCUGCAUGUGGUUGUGCUUGGGAAGAAAGGUGCCUAAGGCACAGAAAAUUCCCUGCCCUUCAAAUAGUACUGGGGAUGUGCUUUAUUUUCUCCUGGUCUAAUAAUCCAGACUGGAAUUCACCACAGCAAUUUACAAACAUCAAUUCAGAAGUAAAUAACAAGAUUCAUUAAAGAUAAAGAGGAAAUCUCAGAAAGCAAAAUGGGUUCAGCCGUCUUUUAAAGAAGAGUUUGCUGUUCUUAUUGGUAUUGAUUUAUUAUUGUCACUUGUACCAAGGUACAGUGAAAAGCUUGUCUUGCAUACUGAUCGUACAGGUCAAUUCAUUACACAGUGCAGUUACAUUGAGUUAGUACAGAGUGCAUUGAUGUAGUACAGGUAAAAACAAUAACAGUACAGAGUAAAGUGUCACAGCGACAGAGAAAGUGCAGUGCAAUAAGGUGCAAGAUCACAACAAGGUAGAUCGUGAGGUCAUAGUCCAUCUCAUUGUAUAAGGGAACCGUUCAAUAGUCUUAUCACAGUGGGGUAGAAGCUGUCCUUAAGUCUGGUGGUACGUGCCCUCAGGCUCCUGCAUCUUCUACCUGAUGGAAGAGGAGAGAAGAGAAGAGCAAAUGUCCCGGGUGGGUGGGGUCUUUGAUUAUGCUGGCUGCUUCACCAAGACAACGAGAGGUAAAGACAGAGUCCAAGGAGGGGAGGCUGGUGUCCGUAAUGCGCUGGGCUGUGUCCACAACUCUCUGCAGCUUCUUAGCUGGUCCUGCCUGUAUAGGAUGUCAUUCCUGGUACAACAUUGGAACAUCCUGGCAAAGUACUCAACAGGGCAUCCGGGGAGACACAAUUAAUGCUGUGUUUGCAAUUGACACCCUCAGGAAUGAAUAAUAAAAUAUUUAAUAUUUGCCCAAAUGGAGACUUAACUAUGGUCUUCAUUACAGAUUGUCAGCUUCCUGCCUUGUCCUAAAAGCUCAAUUUCUUUCUCUAUUAAGGGGAAAAAUGCCAUUCAAAUCUACAUGAGAUAAAGUGGACCAACAAGCACUAGCCAACUUUCUCCCCCUCUACAGCAUAUGGAGGUUCAAGCAGGCCAACAAUAAUGGGAAUAUGCACUCUGGAGGAGAGGUUCUGUGAGAGUCAGUGACAGUCCUGAGGAUUUGAAGAAGUGGUGUGAAGAGCAGGAGGGCCAUUCAGCUGCCUGAGCCACAGAAGGGACUGAUGGUGGAAUUAAAUACUGACAGAGUGAAGAACCUUCAUCCCCCUUAAAGGUGGGUGGAUUAGAUGGAUCUUCACCCUGAGCUUGCAACACUCUGUCCCAUCCAUUACAAAGACCAUGUACUGACACUUUUGUAACGUUGGACAUCUCUGUCACAGCAUUAACAUAUCUGCCACAGAAAUCCUCAUUCGUGCCUUUGUUACUUCUUGACCCAAUUGCACAAUGCUUUCCUUGCCACCUUCCAACCUUUCAGCCUCUAAAUGUGGCUCAUCCAAAGCUGUGCUGCUUUUAUGCAUCAGGUGCUGCCAAUCCAUCAUCCCUUUGGACACUGGUUCUUUGUGCACCACUGCCAACAAGUAAAUGUUUGCAUUCUUGUUUUGAAACCCCUCCUUCUCCCGGUAACCUCCUCCAGGCCUUCAACCCUUCAAUUUGCCUGAGCCUUGCCUUCUGGAGUUGCAUCCCUCUCCACCCACACACCCUGCCUCCCCAAAUUCAGAUACUCACUCUAUUAUUAAAAUCCAGCUUUAGCAAACAUUUGACCACCUUUGUCUUUUCCUCAGUGUCCGUACACAGUUUCUAUGAGCAUGUACAGACAAUAUAUUUCACGAAAGAAUCUAUGUUGAAGUGCUGUCAUAAGACGUUUCCUUCAGUGAUCAAUACAACAAGUCAUUACCCAGUGUUGUUUGCUACUGCUCCUUGCUGAGGUAGUUUUAUAUCAUAAGAUAGAAAAUAGGAGCAGGCUAGUCAAAUGAUCAUGUCUGAUUAUCCAAACUCAGAACCCUUUUCCAGCUUUCUUCACAUACCACUUGAUCCUUCAAGCCUUGUCAACAAUGUAAAUUUCUUGAACAAAAAAAAUGAAAUUUGCGGAGGAACUCAAUGUCAGGCAGCAUCUAUGGAGGCAAAGAAAUUGUCGACUUUUUGGGUCAGGACCCUGCAUCAGGACUGAAGGUGUAGAGGGGAGAGAGCCUGGACAUGGAGGUGAGAGGGAGGGAUGAGACAGAGGCUGGUAGGUGAUAGGUAGAAGCAGGUGAGGUAGGGGAGGAUGGACAGAUGGAGCCAAGUAGGAGAAGGGGAGGUGGAAGAUGAUGAGUGGAGCCAGAUAAGGGAGAGAUGAUGGUCAGAGGAGGCAGCUGAUGGAUCUGGGGAAGGGGCAGGGGGGGUUGUGGGUGGGAUGCUGGUCAGUAGCAAAGCUGAUAAAAUUGAC